GACACAGAGCCGACCACCGAGCAGCUCCCCCCGGGAAACAGGGGCAGCUCGUCCUCGGGGUCCAGGAAGGAAUCGACGGGUCCCGAUACGAGGGAGAGUUUAUGGACAGAUUGAAACAUGGAAGAGGAAAAUACACCUUUAAGAACGGAGAGUACCACGAGGGCUCUUACUACAAAGACUACAGACAUGGGGACGGACAGUACUGCUGGCCCAUGGGACCGAAGUUCACCGGCAAGUUCUACCUCAACAGUCGGGAAGGAUAUGGACAACAAGUGUUUCUUAAUGGAGCCACAUUUCAGGGUUUGUUCCACACUGACCAGAGGUUGGGUCCGGGGGUGGUGACUUAUUCCGAUGGUUGUCAGGAUGUGGGUCUGUGGGACGGGCCGCUCCUCCUGAGGUUCUGCUCCCCUUUAGAGGAGGGCUUUAGUCUCAAGGACUUUCCUGAAUAUGCUGCCUACAUGGACCCAGCUGCCGCCCCAGAUGCCCUGACUCAGCCGCCCAUUCUCUCUUUCCCGAAGACGCAAGCCGACCGAGACCUGCUGCUCAUGGAUGAGAACUGUAUCUACCCCCCCGGCAUAGAGAGGUUCUCAACCAACGGAGAGUUACUGCCUCUGCCCCCACGCCGGAGAAAAGUGCUGGAUCAGCAAUUUUUUGGCGAGCUGUGGGAGCCGGACAUCAAUCCGUACCUGGGCUAUAAACGAGACCCAUACGCCGAUUUGCCAUUACAGGCCCGCCUGCGGGGGAACAUACACACACACAGACGACUGGCUGAACAUGUGUGCUGGGACGUGGCUGCCGUCCUCUCCAUGAACAGGGACGGUUUUGGUCCCAAAGGGAUUUUGGAGGUGUCCUCCGAGCAGCUGAUCCGGCACGCAUCCCGGGGGGAGCUACAGGCUGUGACUCAGAUCCUCAAGGCUCGUACGGUUUACCCUGAUGUCGCAGAUUCACAGGACAACACUGCACUGAUCGCCGCCACAAUAAACAACCACCACGAUGUGAUGCGCCUGUUGUUGAAUAGAGGUGUUCAUGUAGACAAGCUGAACUGUGAGGGGAUGUCUGCCCUCGCCGUGUGUCAAGUCCUCUUCUACCCGUUUCACUCUCUGAACACCUCUAUGUUGGAGUCACCUCAAACCCAAGUUUUAAAGAAUCCAUCUUCAUGUGGGAGCAGUUCCCAGAUCAGCCAAGUGGACUUCACCACGGACCCACUCGCGCUUCACAACAGACCUCAGACCUCUAACACAACCCUGAGCCAGCACUCUGACCGAUCUACAGACACUGAAGAGAGUGUGAGACGUAUUCACAAGGAGGAUGAAGAGGUGUUGGAGUGGAACGACUGUGGAGCUGAAACAGCAGAAGAGGUUCAGGACGAAGAACUGACCCCUGAGCAGUCGUCUGACUCCACCUGCUCCGUCAGCAGCUCCACCCUCCAGGACACACAGGAGACUGCACACAAAAUGGCUGCCAUGAAAAUUGAAAACGACGCUCGUUUGGAAACCCUGAAGAUUCUGUUGGAGCGGGGAGCCAACCCCAACCUAUCCAAGGUGCCCAUGCCUGUCCUCUUUUUACCAAUCAUGGCGUCCGACACUGACGGCGUCCGGAGGCUGCUGCUGUAUGGAGCUCGUACUGACAUUCCCCUUCCACCUGAGAGGAAAGGCCUUUAUCCGCUGCACGUGGCUGCAGCACUGCCUGGGAAAGCAGGUCCCCAAAUCACAGAGCUGCUGUUCUGUGCCAUCCCCGACCCGGACGCACAGGCCUGUGACCAGGACGACAUCUUUGAACCAGAUAAGAAGGCUCAGGAAACACUGAGCACUGACAAGCAGCCACGUCUCAACGGAGGAGGCAGAACCGCUCUGCAUGUGGCCUGUCAGAGAGACGGUGACUUCCAGAAUGCCAGUAAGGUCGUGGCCCUUCUGCUCUCACACAGAGCCAGCACACACCUCCUCUGGAGUGGACACUCCCCUCUCUCUCUGGCUAUAGCAAGUGGCAAUGACCAGGCUGUGGAGGAGCUGUUGUUAGGAGGCGCAGAUCCCAACCUCCCUCUGGGCCGCGAGGUGGGCAGCGCCCUCUGUGCCGUCUCCAACAUCAACUACCAUUUGUGUGGCGACAGACUUCAACUGCUGAACAUGUUAGUUAAGGCUGGUGCUGACUUCCUGAUGCCGGUUACGGUGGGUGGCGUUGUGGGAACCGCAGUCGACUUUGCAUACAACUCCUUUAACCAGGACGGGCGUAUUGCCAACACUCCCUAUCUCGCUUUGAAACAUCGGGAGAGGGAAACAUUCAUAAUACGGCACCGGAUUCUGAGCAUGAUGGGAAAUCUGCUGAGACAGACGGCUGUCCGGAGGGAGAAGGAGACUUUAGACAGAGAACAGCAGCUCACACUAAAUGAGCCUGGUGCCAUUUCCUCCAACAAGCCCCCCCUCAGAUGUGAAGGUCGACCACACAGUGAAGAAAAACCCAGGAAACCCUUGUUCAAGUUCUGCUAUCACUGCGGUCGCUCUGCGUCCGUGAAGCUGACGUCUUGUGGCCGCUGCCACAAGGUUUUCUUCUGCUCGCAGGCCUGUAAUUUGAAGGCAUGGAAGGCAAGACACAAGGACGAGUGUGUCAUGGUGAAAGCGUCUGCUGUCGGAUCCCAGAGUAAGGUGGUGGUGAAACCCCAGGGAGUCGACAGGAUGCUGACAGGGACAGAGAAGGUCCAAGUCAAGCUGAAGGAAAACUACAGCUACAACUGACUUCAUCUAGUUAAAACUUCAUACUCUGUCACAUUCUGUCUUCAAUUUAUUUGUUCACUUUAUUGCUGAGGAAGAC